AUGUCUUACACGGCCGUCGCGCAAUCGAAGGCCCCCUGUCAUCCACUCUCCAGGUUUGGCAGGGUAGGGUCUACGGUCUCCGUCUUGCGUUCCGAGGUCGAGAGCGCUGAGAGCUCGCGCGACACGACACCCACCGCGGGGCUCGGCAGUUUGUCGAGCUCGGACGAAGAUGAGGAUUACAUUCCUGUGGAAACCUGCUGGGCAGGCGGUGUGCAGCUGGAGGUGGAGUGGGCUCCGUCGCGCUUCCAGUUCGAGUACGGCCAGUGUUUCGCACCUCCCACCGGCCUCCCAUCUCCCACAGCCCUUGCCUACCACGCCCACAAGAAGGUUAUAAAUCGCAUACUCUGCAUGGCGGACCGCGGAACCCGCCGAGUGUGCAGGACAUUGUGUCAUGCGGCCAAAGCAGCCAUCGACGCGGACCUCCUUAUCAUUCCGUCGCCAGUAUCGUAUCCUGCCAACUCAGACAUCAUUCACCGCAUUUUCCACUUUGCGAAUCACGAAACGCGCAUCAUGUGUCGCCUCCUCUGCCGGCAGAUCAAGGCGCGACUAGACCGCGAGAUGGCGUUGUCGAUUGUGCUGACCAGCAUAGCUAUAGAGGAAAAGUUGUGCCUUCAUCUGUCCGCGGAGGGCAAGCGACGUAUUCCUGGUCUUCCACCGCAGAGCUACGACGCGUGGGACGCAUGGGACACUGGGCGCGCCUACGUCAACCCAGCAAUCCUGCGGCACACGCGCACACUGACGUUUGCGAGCAACUUGGGCGACAUCACCAUCGGUACUGAGGAGUUGGGCAGUGUCAACAUCGGUCUCCUCGCUCCGUACCUGCAAGUGCACACGGUGCGCGACACGUAUCCAGGCAGCCAGUGGCGCCACCCAAUAUCGUGCAUAAAGUACGUGACGCUUACACUUAUCAACACUCAAGUGUUGACCGGAGUCCCCCAGACUCCCGAUGGCGUGCGCGAUCGUGUUUUCAACAUCUCGUGCCCGCGAAACUCGCACCUACGCUACCGCAGCGUGUUCCGCUCCCUAUGUCUAUCCGACAGCGUGCGCCGUGCUGUCAUCAUCCUGCACUUCCCAUCGGUCGUCACUGCUUCGAGCUUCCAUGACCUCGCGCUUGCCGAGUCUGUCGGCGUGCUCAACCUUGUAGCAGAGGAGAUCAUCACAUCCAGCCGCGUGCACUACACCAUUGUCGGCACCGAUACCGUGCCGGCCACUGUGCUCGGCUUUGAGACACGCGAUCCCAUUCCCCGGCCCCAGCUCGAGUACGAGCUGUACCAGCGCAUCCUACCGCGCGACCACACGUUUGAGCAGUACCAGCGCCUCAAGAAGCGGGUGAGGUUUAUCUCGCUUGCAGAGUACCGCGCGGAGGUUGGCGAGAAGGAAUUCGCGGAGGACUUCAUCGCCCCUCCGCGGUAG